AUGGCGAAGAGCGUUUCCGUGACCGAAGGCGGAGCAGGAGGAGGACAAGAUGCCACACGAAGACGGGCUUCGAUCAACGACCCGGGCGCCGACGCUGCCCUGGCGAAAAUGGGCUACCAAUCUGAACUCCCACGGAAUCUGAGCAUGCUGAGCGUCCUCGGCAUGUCGUUUGCCAUCAUGGCCGUUCCAUUCGGCCUCUCAACAACACUCUACAUUACGCUUACGGACGGGCAAUCGGUGACUGUGCUCUACGGCUGGAUCCUCGUCUCCCUCAUCUCGCUCGCCAUCGCUGCGUCCCUCGCUGAGAUCUGCGCUGUUUACCCCACAGCCGGCGGCGUGUACUACUGGUCCGCCAUGCUCUCCACGCGCGAAUGGGCGCCCAUCGCGUCGUGGGUAACGGGCUGGUUGACCUUGGUUGGAAACUGGACGGUUACGCUUUCGAUCAAUUUCUCCGGUGGCCAACUCAUCUUAUCGGCUAUUACGCUGUGGAACGAGGACUUCGUGCCGAAUGAGUGGCAGACUGUUCUCGCGUUUUGGGCGGUCAUGCUGAUUUGCAUGGCGAUUAAUAUCUUCGGGGCGAAGCAUCUCGAUCUGAUCAAUAAGAUUUGUAUUUAUUGGACGGCGACGAGUGUGGUGGUUAUCAUGGUUGUGCUGUUGACGAUGGCGGAUACGAAGAGGGAUGCGGAGUUUGUGUUUGCGCAUUAUGAUGCUAGUCAGAGUGGAUGGCCAUCAGGAUGGGCUUUCUUCGUCGGUCUCCUGCAAGCUGCAUACACGCUGACAGGCUACGGCAUGGUCGCCGCCAUGUGCGAAGAAGUCUCGAACCCGUCCCGCGAAGUCCCCAAAGCCAUUGUUCUCUCCGUCGCAGCAGCCGGUGUCACAGGAGUCAUCUACCUGAUCCCCAUUCUCUUCGUCCUUCCCGACGUACAACUCCUCCUCGACGUCGCCAAUGGCCAACCCAUUGGCCUGCUGUUCAAGACCGUCACCGGUAGUGCAGGCGGCGGCUUCGGCCUCCUCUUCCUCAUCCUCGGCAUCCUCUUCUUCGCUGGCACAGGCGCGCUAACUGCUGCAUCACGCUGCACCUAUGCGUUUGCUCGCGACGGCGCUAUCCCCGGUUCGCGACUCUGGGCCAAGGUAGACAAGCGCUUUGACAUCCCGCUCAUGGCGCUCGUCCUCUCUACAGUCGUCGACUGCCUCCUCGGCCUCAUCUACUUCGGCUCCUCCGCCGCGUUCAACUCCUUCACCGGCGUUGCUACAAUUUGCCUCUCCACCUCGUACGGCAUGCCCAUCCUCAUCUCUGUGCUGCGCGGCCGCAGAGCAGUCAAACACUCGUCCUUCUCGCUCGGCCGCUUCGGCUACGCCAUCAACAUCGCUAUGAUUGCGUGGAUCUGCCUUGCUGUUGUGCUAUUCUGUAUGCCGGUUAGUCUGCCCGUUGAGCCUGCUACCAUGAACUAUGCGAGUGUGGUCUUUGCGGGUUUCGCGGCGAUUAGUGUGGCGUGGUACUUCAUCAGUGGUAGGAAGGAGUUUUCGGGCCCGCCUGUGCCGACGGAUGCUGAGCCUGGGGAGGAGACUGUUGUUGCGGGAUUGGCGGUGCAGGAUAGUCGGCAGGAUAUUGAGGGCAAGGGCGAUAUGGAUAAGGGUGUAGAACACGAUAAGGUGUAUUGA